UCGACAUAUUUUUAUUCACAGAUUUUUUUAAAAUUUCAUUAUCAAUAUUUCUUAGUAUUGAAUAAACUAUAGCCUACUUAAAAAGCAACCAAGAAAUGGCAAAAGUUCAGAUCGUAAAUGUGGAGGUUUUAGAUAAUCCUUCGCCGUUUUUUAAUCCAUUUCAAUUUCAAAUAACUUUUGAUUGCAUUGAGAAUUUAUCCGAUGAUUUGGAAUGGAAAAUUAUAUAUGUUGGAUCUGCUGAAAGUGAUGAAUAUGAUCAGGAAUUGGAUUCUGUAUUAGUCGGGCCAGUUCCUGCUGGACGUCAUCGGUUUGUUUUUCAAGCAGAUCCUCCCAAACCAGAACUAAUUCCUGUUCAAGAUGCUGUUGGUGUUACUGUUGUUAUAAUCACAUGUACGUAUCAUACUCGGGAGUUUAUUCGAGUGGGGUAUUUUGUUAACAAUGAGUAUAAUGACCCUGAUAUGCGAGAAAAUCCACCAGAGAUUCCUAACUUUCCCAAAUUGAUGAGAAAUAUUCUUGACAGUAAGCCACGCGUAACAAGAUUCAAGAUCAAUUGGGAUGACAAUGCGGAAAAUGGCGCUGUUGAUGAGGAGACUCCUCCUUCUCCCCAAACAAACUUUGGCAGCUCUAUCGAAGAAGUUCACUCAGGUUGUGAAGGAACAUUUGGAGUUGAUCAAGGACAUUUAAACAAUAGUAAUAAUGGAUUGUCAAGUAUGAGUGAUCACCAAGAAAAACUGUCCAAGGGACAAAUAUAUGAAAACAGUACAGAUUCAAUGGAUAUGAGAAUGUUUGUUGAAUAGCUGUCUUACUCACAACACUAUUUCUUUAUAUUUGAUUUCUUCCAAAUGCUGCAUACCAUAUGCUUGUGAACAUACCCGUCAAUCUGCCUAUUUUUUACUUUAUUUCAAUAUUCCAUUUGUAUUAAGUUAUGUUGUAUUAUUCUUUCAUAAUUCCAGAAAAUAUCUUGGCUAUACCUGACUUGCCAAUUUCCAAUGUUUAUAAUCUUUAACAAAAGAAACACAAAACAAAAUAAAUCUAAAUAAUUUACUAUUUUCAAUGACCUUAUUAAUGUGAAUGGUGCAAAAAGCUGAGAAAAAUAUUUUAAAUUUUUUUUCAUAGAAAUCGGAACUUUCAGAUAUUUCUCAAUAAAAAUUCACUGUUUCAAUACACUUAAUUGUGGAUGGAAGUAUGAUUUGUAUCUCCCGCAUAUAUGUUUCCCACUCUCGCAUUUGCUUAUAAAACUAUUUUACACUUGUAAUUGUUGAUUGGUUUUGUAAGUGACCUAUUCCCUCUUCGGUGAAGUUUUAUUUCCCCUUGAUACUGACUGGAAUUUUAAUUUAAUUGUAAGAUUAGCAGAAUAUUAGGAUGCCACUUUUUAUGUGGAGUAUAGUCUGAAAUUAUAACUGGUCAACUAAUCUGGAUUAGUUAACCGGAUGAGAGGACAGUGUUUUUUUCCGAAAUGAAAAUCUUCCCUGUAUUUAUUGCAAAAUAUUUCUCUAUGAUAUAGUCUGUUUGCCAGGACUAAUGUGGGUUAUGCAUUUCAUGUAUGUGCCAUUAAUUUGAGUCCUUACACUGAUCAGAUUUUUGCGUUCAUUUUAAUUUUUUGUCCAGUUACCUUUUUGGGACAAUAAUAAAAAACUUCAAUUUUUGGCAUUUGAUUGUUAUGUACCGUAUGUCUAUGUGGUGUGAUUAUUAAAUUCCUUAAUUAAUUUCCAUAAAUUCCCAAAUUAUUUCUCUUUAUCAAGUAGCUUACAGAAAAAAUUUGUUUUUUUAAUGAAACAGGAAUUUUAAUUUUAGCCUUCUUCUAUGUGGCAACAAACUUUGGCAGCACCAUUUUUAUCAUAUAGGCUUGUUGAUUGCAUAUUUAUUAAUUAUCUUUGAGUUAUUCAUUCUUCUUGCAUUGUUUUGUAUUAAGCCUAAAAGUUUAAAUACUUCAGCUGCUAUUUUGUCAGUGGUAAUGGCAUUUAAUAUUGCCAAUGGCAAAGUCGUUGGAAUCUGGUAAAUGCAAUGAAGCGUCAAUGAGCGAGUGGUCUGAGUUUGAAGAAGCAUUAGCUUCAGGUGAAGAUAUUACCAUCCUGUUGGGUUUGGAUGAUGAGGAAACUGAUGAUAAAGAAAUGCAUACAA